AUGCGGCAUAAGCGGCAUAAGGCGCACAAUCCGUCGGCUGCUUUCGAUAUGCCCACCGCGGUGGGCAGUGUGGAGGAAAGCAGCGGGACUCUGGGACGCCGCCGCCAUAUCAAUCAAAUCGCUUUAUUAUAUGCGGUGUCCGCGUAUUGGGGUACACGCGCGGCGCCUUACCGGCACGCGAUACGGGCCAUAGUCGUGUGCCGCGUGCCGUUCGCGGGCGCACCUUGCGCGCCGGGAUGGCGA